AUGAGCGAUCAAAACAACGAGGCCUGGCGCCAGCAGGACUGGGACGCCUAUGAAGAAGACGAGACAAAGAUAGCUACCGUGCCCCUCGAGGAAUGGGUUUACGGUCAUGAUGCAGAGGCACAUGCUCGCUCUGAGUUUUCGGGACUUGCGGAGGAAAUUCGUAAGGUUCCUAUGCAUAUAGCCCAUGCACCUGUGGCGGAGUUCGCAGCGGCCGCAAGCUGA